UAGAUAUAUGCGUUGUUAUUACCGCUUUCGAAUAAUUAAGUUAGUGUAAGUGAAGGAAUGAUAAAGACUGCUAGUCUGACUCAGUUAAAUAAACACAUGGUGACAAUGGACAAGUCCAUACUAUAUAUUGUAGUUUCAACUUUCAUAUUAUGUGUAACAGGAGUGCCACAUUUUGAUACAACCAGCGCGAAUGUUAACAUAAUAGCGAUUGACGAUAGCCGCAUCGAAUACAAGGUCACAAAUAAUAAUUUGGUAAAAGUGGAUUUGUUCUACGAGAGCCUCUGCCCGGAUUGCAUAGCAGAUUAUCCGCAGUUUCCUCCAGUCGUAAAGAAACUCCACAAUUAUAUAAAUCUUCAAACAUACCCGUAUGGAAACGCUAAGAUGUACGAAGACAACGGUAAAACAAUAGUGAAAUGCCAGCACGGUGAGAGGGAAUGUUACGGCAACAAACUGCACGCAUGCGCCAUCGACCAGCUGAAAGAUGUUCAGAAGUAUGUGGACUUCAACGCCUGUAUGAUGGCUAAGCGUUCUGACGACGAUGCUGCGGAUGAGUGUGGUGAAUUGUACAAAGUCGACGCAAACGCUAUCAAGACAUGCGCUAAAGGUGCUAGGGGUCACGAAUUACUAGUGUAUUACGGAAGAGAGUCGGAGAAAAUAAAUUAUAACUACGUCCCGUAUGUAUUGGUUGAUGGCCAAGUUAAAGACGACGACAAACCGCUGUUGGACGCUGUGUGUGAAUCAAUACACCCACCCCCUAAAGAAUGCGAUGAAUGAUUAGUAUAUAAGCAUUUUGUACUUGAAAAAAUAAACUUUAUCAAAUAAUUUGUA